CGUGCUGAUGGCAGCAGCAGUGCGGGGAGUCCUGGGAGGUGGUGGCUUGGCAAACACAAAGCCUACGGCCCCCUUCUCGAUCUUCCCACAAAGGAGAUGUCAGACCUGACCGGCAACGUGCCAGGAGGAGAAGGCAGGCUGGUCUGACAGAAGAGGCGCGUAGGUGCAGAAUUAAGAGGCACACCUGAAUGAAGCCAGCAAGGAAUUGCGGUGCCCUGACAAACAGCACAUGCUGAGCGUUUGCCCCCAGUUGUGUCCAACUGUUGCAAAAUGUGGAAUAUAUAAAACUGUGCUUAAGAAAGGACGUCAUUUCAAGUUGGACCUUCGUGUACUUUCAAGCCCAGCACCACUCUGGUCCGGCUGUGGUGGGACCGGGGGUGUUAUUUUGCCGCAAUGCUUUUUAGCCACUUUUCCUGGCACCCCACGUGGGUCCGGCGCACCAUGUGCCCCGGAAGAGGGGCUCGCCCGCCUGGCCGCAGGUAAUGCUCGGGUGGGCUCGGUGCCCGCCCCCGGGGGUGUCCGAGGCUCGUCCCGCCCCUGCCUCCCGCGGACUUCCCGGCCGUGGCAGGGCGCUGUGGCCGCGGCGGCUUCCAGCCCGCCCCCAGCGCUGCCAGCGCACAUCGUGGGCUCGCCCCGCUCGGUCAGGCGAGUGAUUCCCCGCUCCCGGACUCGGUUCGGCUCCGCGGGCCCCGCAGCCGCCGUGCGGGAUCGGGCAGGGCCGGGCGGGCUCCCCCGGCAGAGCCGAUGUCCGCCGCGCCCGUCCGGUCCCCGACGCUUCGGCCGCACAGGAUGAAGAAAGAGGAGUCGUUCCUGGGCAAGCUCGGCGGGACCCUGGCCAGGAAGAAGAAAGCCAAGGAGGUGAGUGACCUCCAAGAAGAAGGUAAAAAUGCCAUCAAUGCACCAAUGAACCCAAGCACUGUGGACAUCCAUCCAGAAGACACACUAUUAGAGGAGAAUGAGGAACGCACGAUGAUUGAUCCUAACUCAAAAGAAGACCCCAAGUUCAAGGAACUGAUCAAGGUUCUCAUUGACUGGAUUAAUGAUGUGCUAGUGGAGGAGAGAAUCAUUGUCAAACAGCUUGAAGAAGACCUUUAUGAUGGGCAGGUGCUGCAAAAGCUGCUGGAAAAAUUGGCUGACCGUAAAUUGAAUGUGGCAGAGGUGACACAAUCUGAAAUUGGUCAGAAGCAGAAGUUGCAGACGGUCUUGGAAGCUGUCCAUGAUUUACUCCGACCCCAUGGCUGGACAAUCAAGUGGAAUGUUGACUCCAUCCAUGGCAAGAAUUUGAUUUCCAUCCUUCACCUUCUGGUGGCUUUGGCCAUGCAUUUCCGAGCUCCCAUCCGGCUGCCGGAGCACGUGUCUGUGCAAGUGGUGGUUGUUCGGAAACGUGAAGGCCUCCUUCAGACCACUCAUGUUUCAGAGGAGCUGACGACCACAACAGAGAUGAUGAUGGGAAGAUUUGAGCGUGAUGCCUUUGACACGCUUUUUGAUCACGCACCAGACAAGCUCAGCGUAGUCAAAAAGUCUCUGAUCACCUUUGUGAACAAACACUUGAAUAAACUGAAUUUGGAAGUAACGGAGUUGGAAACCCAGUUUGCAGAUGGUGUUUACUUGGUUUUGCUCAUGGGUCUCCUCGAGGACUAUUUUGUUCCACUUCACAACUUCUACUUAACACCUGAAAGUUUUGAUCAAAAGGUGCACAAUAUUUCUUUUGCUUUUGAGCUGAUGCAAGACGGAGGCCUGAAGAAGCCAAAAGCUCGCCCUGAAGAUGUUGUCAAUUUGGACUUGAAGUCUACCCUCAGGGUUCUGUACAACCUUUUCACAAAGUACAAGAACAUUGAGUGAUCCUGGAAGCUGCUGAGGUCUCAUCAUCCUUCAACCUCCUCAGGCAGAAGUUACAAUAAACACACCCUCUGCAUGCUCCUAUUGUGCCUUAUGAUAUAUACUUCUUGCAUUCUUCCUAUAGUUGAUGUGUUCUCUCUGUAGCUGUUUGUAAGACAAUCCCACUAAAAAUGAUGCAUCUGUAUUCUCUAGGUCACUUGAAAAUGUGGUGUUUCACACUUUUGCCAAACGGAUCUGUUGUUUGCUAUAAUCCAUGAAUGUUCUUUUGAGAAAGGAAAUAUACCACUAACUACUUUAAUAAGCAGGGAAAACAUGAGACCUUCCUCAUGGCUUGAGAUUCUUUGCUUCUGCAGACUUUCUUUUGCAUACUCCUUGGUUGCAACACGCAUUUGAUAAUUUUCCAGACUUAGAGUGUUAACAGUAGAAAACCACCACUGGAAUUUUUUUAGAAGCUGAGCCUUUUCUAUUAAAUAAGGGUUUGUGUGUUCUCCUGGUUUGGUUGGGCUGAGGGGAAUUACAGGCACUGUGUGAAGCUAAGGGCAAAAGCUUCAGUUUUUGUGUUCACCUCUUUCUACUCAGUGUUACUUCCAUUCAGUGUUUACACAGAAUAGUUGCAAUGGGAUGACCAACUAAUCUUUUGAUGUCUAUUUUUUAUUUAAUCUAUUUUCUAGGAGAAAUUUGAUUGCUAGGGCCACUGUCCGCCUCUAAGCAGGCAGCUUCGGUCAGGUUGAUCAGGAGCUGGUCACACAGGCACAGGCUGGAUUAGUACAUUUGCCCCUGUCCUUCCUGAAACUAACACAGGAAACGUGCUGCAACAGGAGCCAUCUGAGUGGGGUUUUGAGAAGAUCAUUGUGGAGGAAAUGGGAUUGGCAUUUCCAGAGUAUAUGAUAUGUGGAAUAUGUGUUCAAGAUCACCCUCUUCCUUUGAGCAUGUAGAGGAGAGAUUUCAUUGCUGCUUUUAUGUAUCACAGCAGCAACUUUUGUUUUAUGGGCAGCCAUUCCUUUCAGUGAAACACUAGGCAGAGUGACCUGAAGGAGAGGAGCAGGCAGAAUUGCUCUGCUCCAUGGGCUUACUUGAAUCAGCAUCUUCUUUCCCUAAAAAUAUUUUUUUUACACCAAGCAUUAUUUGCCUUUGAGCUCAGGUUCAAGAGGAAACAUGCUAUUUGAAUGGUAUCAUUUUACAAUUGGGAUUUUCUCCUUCCCUUUUCUUCCCUUCUUAAACAUUUUUUCAUCUCAGAGGGAGAGAAAUGAGCUUCUGCUUCUUUACUUUGUAUUUUUGGGUUCUAGUAUUUGCAUUAUUUGGAUCACCUCCCCUCGGACUGAAAAAAAAAAAGAUGGAAGUUACCCUUUCUUUGCAUGAAAAUUCAGAUUUCCUCUUCUCUGCAAGGCUUGCUGGGGAAUCUUUGCAUGACUGUACUUUAGGAAGGAGCUAACAUAUCACUGUUUAUACUGAGUCUGGAAUAAGUGGAUGUGCUGUUCAGAUGGGGCCUCUAAACUCCACCACAACACCAACAGAGCAGACUUGCACAGCUGCCAAGGCUUCGUGGGACAGCUCUCCUGCAGGUGAAUAAAAUUGGUCUAACUUUUGUUCUGAGAAACAAAAGUAUCAUGAGGUUGGAAGGUCACUGAAUGGAAAGGUCUCUCAAACUUUUAGUUCAAUGCAGGGUUAUUUGCAGGAAUCAAGUCUGUUCAAGAGUUGUUAUUCCACUCCCCUUCAGGUGGGAGAGAUGUGGAGAUGCCAGCUUUGUUUAUAUUCUCUGAGUUGCUGGGAAAGCCCUCCAGAGAGUGUCAUUUUUGAAACUGCAAGCAGUAUUAAUAACAAAAGCAAACAGAAGUUAGAAAGAAGAGAUGGGUGAGAGUGAUUUGGCUUUAUAAAGGGGAAUGGCUGUUUUUGAGCUAGGCAUGUGAGCAGGUUAUAACAGGUUGUAAAAGAGCGUCUGUUUUGUUGAAUUAGGUGUUUCUGGUCCCCUUGCUACAACCAUGGGUCUCCUUUAGCAGUCCUUCUGUUAAUAUCCCUAUCAGCCAGGACUGCUCCCUAGAUCAGGUGUCACAGCCUGUUCUGUUGUGGCCUUGCUUGUUGGUAGAUGUUGCACAGGGAAAACACUUUUUUCAUUCCUUGGCUCCUGGCUGUCUGGCUAGCUCACUGAUCUGUAGACACUGUAUUUAUUGUUAACUAGAUUUGUGAGCAGGGUAGGUUGCACUGAAGUGUGGCUUCAUCCCAGACAGCCCAGUUUCCAGGCUGAGCUAUGUAGGUAAAGCUUUUCUGAAUGCCUGCUUUUGUCAUACCUUUCUGUGACACAUGCACCAAAAUUCUUUGCCUCUCAGAAAGUUGAGUCAGUGUUAAAAAUGUGAUUCAUGAUAUCUUUGUGUUACUGGGGUUUUACAUAUGGAUACUAGUCUGAAUCCUGUUGAGUUCAUUUGGAAUGCUGAAUGCUCUACAGCAUUAAAGCUCCUGCAUUUGUAAGUAUUUAAUGAAUGUCUGUCUUUUCCAGUCCAUACAACUUGAUUUUCAGGUGCAUUUACUUGACACACUCAGUUAGUGAGCUGUAUUACCACAGAAGCAGCUCAGAUAGUCCUCAGCUGCAUUCUGUUUUUCAAGAUGAAAACCCGACAGUAGCAGAUUUUUUAAAUCAAUUUAAACCUCAUAGAAUUUCUUCCUUCUCUUCCCCAUGCCCCAGUGCUUUCAGUAUUAAUGUAUUUUUAAGAGCCUUUUUUACUGUUUUUAACAGCAUUUACUCUGGAUUUCUAACUACUAAAAACCAGCCUUGCAGAUAAAGUUCUGGACUUGUCAUACGUUGGAGACGUCCAUCUUAGUGAUAAGAGUUGUGUACUGUAAGCAAGUUACAAUGCAAUGCUAUGUUUGCUAAAAUUCACAGCACAAAUGUUUAUGCAUGGUUUUUGACAAUUAUACUAUUUAUUCAAAUAAAAAAAUAAUGAUCA